CACCAGCACCACCAGCACCACCAGCACCACCACCCGCCGCUGCCAUCCGCUGCCGCCGUCAGCGCAGCGGCCACGUGCACGCGGCUGUUCCAGACAAUGGCCUCACGCGAGAUCCCGGCCGGGUUCCGCACGUACCGCGAGCUUAUCAGCUGUCUGGUGGAGUUCGGGAUGGCCGACAAGGCGCGGCGUGUGUUCGAGUUCGCAGUGGAGGGCGCGGCAGGCGGCUUUGUGCCGAGCGACUUUGUUCUGUUCUACGUGCGGCGCACAACGCGGUCGCCGCACGAGAUGCACCUGGCGCUGCGCCACGCGCUGCGCACCGUGCCGGGGCUGCUGGCAGCCAUGCAGGCCGUGCCCGGCGCCGUGCUGGCCGACCGCUUUGGCGUGUUCAACGGCGACUUGCGCGCAUUCAUGGCGUGCGAGCGGCGGCCGGCAGCAGCAGCAGCAUCAGCGCCACUACAGCAACUCCCAGGCACACGCCCACCAGCAGCAGGGUCAGCACCACUACAGCAGAUCCCAGGCACACGCCCACCGGCACCAGCACCGGCACCAGCACCGGCACCAGCACCACUACAGCAACCCCCAGGCACACACCCACCAACACCGCCACCGCCACCACCAGCAGGGGGGCGCGGCGGUGCGUUCUUGGCGCGGUUUAUGAGUGGGUUGCGGCGGGCGACGCGCGCGGCGGUGUUUGUCAACUGCCUGAUGGCCGGCAACGACGCGGGCGGGCGCUUCAAGGGCUUCAACUUCCCCAAGCUGGGGUCUGGGGCCGUCGAGGCCGAGGUCGCAGCCGCAUGCGGCUUCCUGGCGCGCGAGCGGCGCGGCUGGCUGCUGCACCGCGACAUCAUCCAUGCGCUGCUGCCGGUGGUGCCCGGGAUGGCCGUGGCGGCGGACGAGCCCGAGGAGCUGCGGCUUGUGCGGCGGCUGGGCGGGUGUCGCACGGCCGGCAGCUUUGUCGCGCUGCUGGAGCGCGGCUGCGUCGAGGGCUACGACAUUGCGCUGGUCAACCAGGUUCUGCGCACGCAGAUGGGGCUGACCUUCCAGGCGUACGCGCGCCUGAAGGCCGCCGGCCAUGCGCGGCUGUUCUGGCCGUCGUUCAUGUACACGCAGGCGAGCGGCUGGACGGACGCGCCGCUCUAUGGCGCCAGCGCGGGUGCAGGCGGGCUGGGUGCUGCGGCUGUGCGCGAGUCCUGGGACUUCCUGGCCGCGCGCCUGCACGGCGACGCCAGCACCGACGCGCUUGUGUCGAGGCUGGCGCCCGACGCCAACACCAUCGGCAUCAUGUCGAAGCUGGCCGCGGCCGCCGGCGACCGCGCCCUGGGCCAGCGCAUCUGGGACGACGUGUUCCGCGCGCCGCCCGCCGCCGCCGCUGCCGCCGGGCCAGUCCCGCGGCCGCCGCUUCUGCAGGGCGUGCGCAUCUACAAGCACUACCUGUGCCACCUGUCGGGCUCGCCGGGGGGCGGUGCGCACGCCCGGCAUGCGUUCAGCGACAGCGCGUUGGCGCUGAUGUUCGCCACGAUGGGCCGCAACAACGUGCAGCCGACGCCUGGGCUGCUGUGCCAGGCGCUUCGCGUUGCGCUGGAGUUCGGCCAGCUCGAUGUUGCUGCGGCGCUGGAGCAGUGGCAGCUGCACCGGGAGCGCGUGGGGAAGGCGCCGGCGGGCUUUUUGCAGGGCUUUUUCGCCACGCGCGAGCUGCCUGAGCUGCCCGUGCGGGCAACGUCGGUGUUGGCAAUGGUCAGGGGCCCCGCCACGGGGUGUCCGCUCUUGUCGCAGUAUAUUGCGAAGCAGAUCCACUAGCUCUAAGCACAGGUGCCCCUGCUUUUCCCCCUUUGUUUUUGUUGUUCCCACGUGAGGUCGAUCCUUUUAUCCCCCCUUAAUUUUACCAUGUCCUCACCCCUAUUUUUUAGCUCUUUUUUUGCUUUGACAAUGCGGAUUUAAACCGGAACAUCUUUUUUUGCAUUUUGUCAGCUCGAUAGCCUGUAGAAAUCGUCAGCGAUUGCGUGAUCGGUGCGCCGAUAUCACACACCUUUUCUCUAAUUGGACCACUUGCAAAUACAAUAGAAAAAUGCGUUUGGCAGAAAACAAAAUUAUUUUUUCUUUGGGGGCUGGGUGUAUAAAACAAUGCCAGUGUACUCCACUCACCCCUUUCCUCAACUUUUCAAAGUAGACUUUUCAAUUUUCGUACCACUUUUUAUCUUUAAGCUAAGCUACAUACCACACAAUGCUUCCGUCAGUAAAGGAGCUCCUGGCGUCAACC